AUGGCGACCCCUAUGGAAGUUUUACACGUCAUGACCCCAGCAGAAUGGGGUAAGCCCAUCGAUGUCGACGAGAAAUGGAUCAGUUUCGUGGAUGAAAAUGUCAAGGCGAAAUUUCCACCGGGCACCGAGAUUGAAAGCAUCAGUCCUCAUGGCGCCAGCUAUUGGACCAGAACCGCUGAAGUUGCGACUAUAAUGCCAGAUGGCACUUCAAGGUCUUACUUUCUCAAGGUUUCUCAAGGUGACAAUGGAAGGGGCAUGGUUCUUGGCGAGUUUGCCUCAAUGACAGCCAUUUAUCAGGUUCUACCAAAAUUUGUGCCCGAGCCAAUUGGAAGCGGCACUUACGCCUCUGAUCUAGACAUUCACUUCUUUUGCUGUGAGCUGAUUAAUAUGAGCGACGAAAUUCCUGAAAUUCAAGCUUUUACCUCAACGCUUGCAGAGCUACAUUCCAAAGGCAUUUCACCAAAUGGCAAAUACGGCUUUUUUGUCCCCACCUAUAAAGGAACAAUACCACAGUACACAGAGUGGCAAGAGACUUGGGAAGAAGCCUAUUAUCACUCCAUGAAGUGGUUCAUUCACGCUGAGGAAAAGUCCCAAGGAAUUGAUAAGGAAAUGCAAGAACUUUGCCAAGGAAUCCUCGAAAAAGUCAUUCCACGUUUGUUGCGACCACUUGAGACUGGAGGCCGCCAGAUACAGCCUUGUCUUAUUCACGGUGAUCUCUGGGCUGGGAAUACUUCCUGGAAUAAUGAUACUAACAUGCCUAUCAUUUACGAUUCAGCUGCUCUGUAUGCCCACAACGAAUUGGAAAUGGCAGCUUGGAGACCCAUACGACACUUAAUUGGAAAGCAAUACAUGAAGGCAUACUUCCAUUAUUUUCCAGUAUCUGCUCCAGAGGAAGAUCAAGACGACCGCAAUAUGCUCUACUAUCUUCGAUGGGACCUCAAAAGCUCAGCCCUGUUUUCUGGGAAUUUAAGGUACCGGAAUAUGGCGAAGGAAACUAUGAGAACUUUGAUCGCAAAGUUCCCUGGUGGCUACGAAGAUUUGCCCAGCCAAGUUGCUGUUCUCACAUUCAUUGCAACUUUCUCCAUCCCAAGCAAAUUAUUGACUCACGCAAACGCAACUACGCCACGAGUCUUCAUCGCUCGACACGGUGAAACAGAAUGGACCAUCAACGGCCGCUGCACUGGCAAGGCUGAAAUUCCUCUCACCGCAAACGGAAUUGCUCAAGUUCAAGGCACGGGCGAAGUCCUUGUAGGCGCUGGCAAACUCAUUGACCCUUUCAAACUAACACAUGUUUUCACUUCACCUCGCAAACGGGCUGUUGAUACAUUGUCGAUGUUGCUCGGGCCUGCACAUAAGGAUCGACUUGAUCAAGAGAACAAAAUCACCACCACAGAGGACAUCGCAGAGUGGGAUUAUGGAGAUUAUGAAGGCUUGAAACCAGAUGAGAUUAGAGAAAGCAGAGAUAAGAGAGACCUACCAAAAUGGGAUAUCUGGACACAAGGCUGUGAGGGCGGAGAAUCGGCCGAAGAAGUACAGACACGUCUAGAUAGACUCAUCGAGCAGAUUUAUGAGUUGCAGAGCCCUCACGUAGAUGGCAAAAGUGGCGAGCCUGCUGAUGUUUUGAUAGUUGCUCACGGUCACAUCUUGCGCGCGUUCACGAAGAGAUGGCUUCGCUAUGCUAUGGACUUUCCAUUCCAGAUGAUGAUGGAGCCGGGCGCGAUUGGUAUUAUGAGUUAUGCACAUCACAAUAUUAAGGAACCGGCUAUUUUGGUUGGCAUGGGAUUCCCUUUGUCGAAGUAG